UAUGGCGUCCAAGAAGCCGUGCAAAUAUGGAGGGAAAUGUUACAGGAGAAAUCCUCAGCAUUUACGCGAAUACAGUCAUCCCAGUGAUGAAAAGCAGUCUGAACAGGAAAACGUUAAAAGGAAAAGGGUGACUGACGAGGAUGACAAAGAAUCAGAACUGAAGAAAACGAAAAACAUUGAUACAAAAAAAGUUCAAAGAUCCGACUCUCUCUCCUCAGAGGGAAGUAGCCCGGGUACUCAGGAAGAAGAAAAAGCAACAAGUGAAACAGCUGGCAAUUCUAGUGGAAUUGAUAGUGAAGAAGGUGAAGAGGAAAGCAUCCCUUCACCCGAUAAUGUCAGGGACAACAUCAAACAAAAAUACCUCAUGGAUAUGCCUGAAGAUUUCUACCAGUUUUGGGAAUUUUGCAAAAAGCAGACUGGAUCUCACCCAGAAAACGCAAUGAAAUCUCUGCUGGGCUGGGCACUGGUUGGACCAUAUGAUAUUUUGGCAGGGAAACACAAAGGAAUCAACAAAAACAAGAAAGGGAAAAGACCAAAGUUUCUAUUACAUUACCGCUAUUACUAUGAUCCACCAGAAUUUAUGACUGUUGUCAAAGGAGAUGAAGAUACACAGUUCCAUAUUGGAUAUUUCAGAGAUGAACCAUCAGCAAUGCCAGUUUUUGUUGCAGUGAAUGAGGCAAAAGAAUCCUGUAAGAUUACCCCAAAAGGAGAGAACAUAUUCAGUGCUGUUAAAAACCUCAUAGAUGAAGAACUGAAAUCAGCUAAUCAUGACCAAAAGAAAAAACUAACAGAUUUUCAGAACCAAUUAAUUGACUUUGCCAAGUCUAAAAAGCUUUGUUUGGACCUACAAAGUAAUGAAAUGAAAAAGCGAAACAAAAAGGUUGUAUGUAAAACAUUCCAUGGAGCUGGCAUAGUCGUUCCUGUAGACAAAAAUGAGGUUGGGUAUCGACCAGUCCCUGAAACCCCUGCUGACUUGAAGAAAAUGUUUAAGAAAGUUGUUGAGAGCAAAAGCAAGGAAGAAAGAGACAAGAAUAUGGACCCCAUCCAGGAACUCAUCACUUUAGUUCAGUUUGCAAAUGAUGAAUGUGAUUAUGGUGAAGGCCUUGAGCUUGGCAUGGACUUGUUCUCAUUUGGGGGUGAAGUUUUACAUCCACUUAUUGAGCAUUUACUUCCCCUUGCAUAUCAGCUUCUUGGACGGUUUGAAUUCAAAGACAUCAUUGAACUGCAUUUGAAAAACAGGUCACAUAACAUAAAUAAUGAAUUAGAGGUCUGAGAAAUGUCCAUAGUUUUGUAGAUAUGUUUUGUAUUCUGUAGUUUUGAUAAAUUUUCAGCAAGUUGUACUUUUUACGGUAUUGUUAUAAGACUCACUGUUCAUAAAGUUUUGAACAUCAUACAUGUAGAUAAGAGACUUGAUCGAGUGAGCAUUUAAAAAGUAUGCAUGUGAAGAAUAUUUUAAAUCGAAGAUUUGUAUGAUAAAAAUUUUAGAUGAACUCUAUGUCUUCAGAGCAAAAACAGGCUUCAGUGAAAUAUUGUGCUCCUACUUGCCUGCCCUUCAAUCAGAAAAUUGGGAAUCAUUUACCUUACCGUGGUUCUGGGACAAUUUAUUUCAGAAUAAUUAAGAUUUUUUUCCUUGAAAGUCAUACAAGGUACUUUUCAAAUUGUAUUCCUUGAGUACAUUUUUGAAUAAAUGUUUAAAGAUGCUACAUGUAUUAGGUACUGAUACCUUUAUUCUGUGUUUUAUUUGAAAGCCUGAAUGCUGAUCGAUGCUGUUUUGUAUUUAUCAUUUAUCUUGGAGAGAAACUCUACUAAUUAACAAUAUUUUUCAGUUUAGCAUUGAAAACAUUUUAACUUUGUUGAAUUGCAUACUUUAUUGUCAAGUUAAAAUGUAAAGUUUAAAAAUAAAGUAUCACUCAACUUGC